AGCCUCUUAAGAUGUAAAACUUUGAUUUCUCUUGCUCAGAUAAAUGAAUAAAGGGUACUGUUGUAAAUCGAUUAUGCCACUCUUCAAAUAGGGUCAAACCAAAUUACAUCUACAGUCUUUUUCAGCAUUUACAAACAAAUUUAAAGAGUUCGAGAGAAAUUUUCCUUCCCCCAUCAAAAAAAUUUUACUCCUAUUUUUUUCUUCAAAACUUAGAAAGGAUUUUCCUCACCAUCAACAUUAUUUCUUAUAUUAUUUAGUCAAGAAAAAUCAGGUUUAAACCAUUUCUAACAAUCAAAUCUUACUAGAUUUUACACCGAACAGUUGAAAAAAAUAAAAGCCUUUUCCAGAUAUGAAAAAGAAAGAAAUUAAAAGAAAAGAAAAGGUGAGUAUCUGAUUUAUCAUCUUGUCAAAAAUUUAUAACAAAGAAAGGAAUUUCGAGUUUGUGAAUCUAUUCAAUAAUUUUUUAGAUCUUAUGUUCAAACCUGGAGUUAAUAGUUGUUAAUAAAACAAAAAAACAUAAAAACAUGCAUGGCCUGAGGUUGAAAUAAGUUUUAUAGAAUGAUCCCUCCAAGGUCAGAGUUCACUUGCUGCUUAAAGGGACUGUAUGCAAAAUUUCACGUGACUCUUCAUAUCCUAUUUACAAUUGACCGAUGAAACCAUAAAAUGAAAAAAAAAGUGGAAGAUACCAUAGUUUUUUUUGACUCAAAAAGGGGUGUUUUCUGGAGUUUCUCCUUUGCUGUAAGAAAUAUGCAAUUGUUACUUUUGCAGAGAAAUCACAAACAAAAAUAAGCAGAUUAAAUGAACAACUCAGAAUUCAUACUUGAUCAGACAAAGCUUUUAAGGGUACCAUUGUAAAUCGGACAUUGCCAUCUUAGCAUUGAGUGUCACUUGAAAUUACGAUUCCAAGUUAGAUUCCUCCCUUUAAGUUAGAGCUUUAACUUGAUAAAUAUUUAGUUCAGAUCUCAAAACCGAAGGGAUGUUAGACUAUUCUUACUUCGCGCUGUCGUAUUUAUUGGUAGCUCAAUUUUAGCAGCUGUUCUUGGGUCUCUCAGUAUCAAUGCAUUCUUAGCAGAGCCUGGAUACAACUCACAGUCUAGGACAAUUGCUAUGAGAUAUAAUGGAACUGGACCAACAUUAACCUUCAAGUUCUGUGAUGAAGCCCCUUGGAAUUUCAAUAAGGCAAAACAAAAUGGAAUAUCACCAGAGCUCCUUUCGUACAUGACAUAUGUUUUACAACCUUUUGAAGACUACUUAGCAAAAUUGCCUGAAGAACUGAACAACUUACUGAAAGCUGAAUACGAUCAGCUCCUGGCUGAAGUUAAUUAUGAUUUGCCUAAACUAUUUGAUUUGGUUACAAAUGUUUGCGAGGAUUAUUUCGACCCAACAUUAUUAGGUACUGCUAAUGGCAUAAACUGCAGUGAGACCUUUACAGAGCCACACUAUGGUAUUGGAGGAAAAUGUUUUCCUACCACUUCAAACUCAUUUCCUGGAAUCGGGAAUGCAUUUUUAGAUCUUCGUCUGCCAAAAUCCAGAUAUCAACCAAUCAAUGCCAGCAUUGCUGGAGAAGGAGCAGUCAUGUACCAUGGAGCUUUUAUUCAUAUUAAUGAUGCAAGCAACAACCUUUAUGUAUUGAACUAUGAAGAUCUAACUGAGUUAUCUCUAAGCUUCUAUAGCACAAUAAUGAUUGAAAAAACAUCUACUGACAGGACAGACCAGCACAGAGUUAUUGAUACCAAGCAAUGUGAACCUAGUUCCAAUCAAAGAUUUGAAGAUUGUCUCAGAGUGGAUAUUCAAAAAUAUAUGGUUGACACAUACAACUGCUCUUCUCUGCUUUAUGGUGAACCUCUGCCAGGUUCAAGAUACUGCAACACUGAAGACAGUUCCAUGAUGCCAGAAAGCUUUUGGCAUUUAAAAUCAUCUGUAACAAUCAAAUCAAAGUGUAUGCUUGAUUGUGUAUCAAAUCAGUAUAAGUUAGAGAUAAAAAAGAAUGGAAUUAACAUUGAUGAUGAUGCUGAUCAUGAUGUUGCUAUAGCGUAUUUGGCAUACAAGACACUAACAGAGAUUCAAACUACCCUGGCUGGGAAGUCCUUGGUUGACCUUAUAGCUGCUGGAGGAGGAAUUCUGGGACUUUGUUUUGGAGCUUCAAUUCUAUCAAUUGUUGAACUGAUUAUUUUCUUCUCUAAAAAAUGUUUAGGACAUUUUAAAUAAACUACCCUAGCCUAAUAUAAUUGAAAAAAUAUGAAAAUGUAUUAUUUAUCUUUAAAUUUUGAUUUCUGGUUGGUAAUAUUGAUGACUAAUUGUAAAGAAAUAACACUUGUAAUUAUCAAUAAAUGUUAAUGUAUUA